AUGUCGUCUGAAGUGAAGGACCACAGAGAGAGGGGCCGCCGUGAGGUCAUUUCCAUCUGCAGGACGCCGCCCAAAAACACACAACUCGGGUUAGACGUCUGCUGUGGAGCCAUAGACUGUGUACGGAUGGAUGAUGCUAACCGAUGCUCUGCUAAUGACCGCUUCCACCCGGACGCCAUCGCACCCACCGGAGGAGCCCAGAGGAGCCCAGAGGAGAGCAGAGGAGAGCAGAGGAGCCCAGAAGAGCCCAGAGGAGAGCAGAGGAGCUGGGAAGGGGUUCUGACGUUCGGGCCUCUGACGUUCAGGGUUCUGAAGUUCGGGCCUCUGACGUUCAGGGUUCUGACGUUCGGGCCUCUGACGUUCGGGCCUCUGACGUUCGGGCCUCUGACGUUCGGGCCUCUGACGUUCGGGCCUCUGACGUUUGGAGUUCUGACUUUCGGGCCUCUGACGUUCGGGGUUCUGACGUUCGGGGUUCUGACGUUCGGGGUUCUGACGUUCGGGGUUCUGACGUUCGGGGUUCUGACGUUCGGGGUUCUGACGUUCGGGCCUCUGACGUUCGGGCCUCUGACGUUCAGGGUUCUGACGUUCGGGGUUCUGACGUUCGGGGUUCUCACGUUCGGGGUUCUCACGUUCGGGGUUCUGACGUUCGGGCCUCUGACGUUCGGGCCUCUGACGUUCAGGGUUCUGACGUUCGGGGUUCUGACGUUCAGGGUUCUGACGUUCGGGGUUCUGACGUUCGGGGUUCUCACGUUCGGGGUUCUCACGUUCGGGGUUCUCACGUUCGGGGCUCUGACCCUCGGAUCAGACUCUGUCAUUAGAAGUGUGCAGUCACGGCCCCGCGGCCCUCUCCCCACGGGCCAUUUCACCGCUCGUCCGCCAUUGUUUAUUCAGUGGAAGGCUGGAUGGAGGACGGCCUGUCAGAAAGUGAGUCUGUCUGCCAUCCGAGCUCCAGCGCCGCAUACCAAGCACACCUCCAGAAGACCUGCCCCCGCUGGAGGAUUGAGACAACUCCGCGCUGUCGGUCACGCUCCGGGGCCCGCGGAGGAGGAGGUGGAGGUGGUAGCGGGCAUGUCCGGGCCCCCAGGAAACACCAGGAUGUCGGGGGCCAGACUGUUUUUUACCUGA